AUGGAGGAGGCGUGGAAGAAGCAUACCCCCGGUCUACUCAUAUUGUUUAUACUCGCUCCAAUUUGUGUGUCAAUCACAUGGUGGGCCAAUUUCGUACCAAAGGGAAACGAUAAGUCCAUCGGCUUAAAAAACAUAAAGCGCCAUCUCCACAACUGCAAUACUAAGGUCUAUUUGAUCGUGUACACUUGGAAAAUAGUCGUCACGAUUGCCGUGGUAACUAUCAUCUACGGCGUCGACUGUGUCAACGGAAAAAACUGUCUCGAAACUAUCUAUGGCGCCAGACUCAACGCGACGCUGAUGUCGGGGACAUUUGGAAAUACGUUGUUUGUCGAGAACGACGUGUAUGAUGCGUGUCCGACGUACCUACCGCUGCAGGUCGCCGUUGUGAAUAUAGUGUCUAGCUAUGCAUGCUACAGGUUCUGUGUCGCAGCCAACAAGAUCCUCACUCAGAUUCCGAGUUUCUCGCUGCCUCUUGUUCUGGUCACGCCCAUUUCGAUUACAAUCAUAGCCGCCGGGUUCUCGCGAAACAUAAACAAGUUGGACAUGUCUUCAUCAGAAACCCCGAAGAACGGGUUCCUAGACUCUCAGAGCUCUCUGCGAAAAGACGACACACCCUUUAUUUACCUAUGCGCAACCAUGUGGCACGAGACCGAGAAAGAGAUGACCCAGAUCCUGAAGUCUAUCUAUCGCCUGGAUACUGACCAAGGCGAGCGGAGGAGUCUGCAGUUUUUAACCAAUAUCCCGGAUCCGGAUUAUUAUGAAUUUGAGGCUCACAUUUUCUUUGAUGACGCGUUUAAUUACGAAGACGGAGAGUCAAGAGUCAACGGUUACGUCAAACAACUGAUGAAUACAGUUAAUUACUCAAUCAGUUCCGUCAACAUGAAGAUCUCGUCGCCACGUAUUAUCGACACGCCUUACGGGGGUCGGUUGGUUUGGCCACUGCCCUGGGGUAACCAGCUGGUUGCGCACCUGAAGGACAAGCACAAAAUACGUCACCGGAAGAGGUGGAGUCAGGUGAUGUACAUGUACUACUUCCUCUCCCACAAGUUGCUGUCGAUGGGCGGGGGACAGGAGCGAAUCCGAACCGUUGCCGAAAACACGUUCAUUCUCGCACUCGACGGCGACGUUGACUUCCAGCCUUCAGCGCUGCAGCUGCUCAUAGACCGGAUGCGGCGGAACCCUAACGUCGGCGCUGCAUGCGGCCGGAUACAUCCAAUUGGUUCUGGGCCUAUGGUUUGGUACCAGAAGUUCGAAUAUGCGGUGAGUCAUUGGCUUCAAAAGGCGACCGAGCACGUUCUCGGCUGCGUAUUGUGCAGCCCAGGAUGUUUCAGCCUCUUUCGGGGCUCCGCCAUCAUGGACGACAACGUCAUGAAGCGCUACACGACGCCACCUUCCGAGGGACGACAUUAUGUGCAGUAUGACCAAGGAGAAGAUCGUUGGCUGUGUACGCUGCUGCUCCAGCAAGGAUACCGCGUGGAGUACUGUGCCGCCUCGGACGCUCUCACUUACGCACCGGAAGGUUUCUACGAGUUCUACAACCAGCGCCGCCGCUGGACUCCCUCCACCAUGGCGAACAUCCUUGACCUGCUCAUGGACUUCAAGAACGUCACCAAGCGUAACAACUACAUUUCCAAGCUCUACGUCUGCUACCAGAUGCUCCUCAUGGUGUCCUCCAUCCUCACACCCGGAACCAUCUUCCUUAUGGUUCUCGGCGCAAUCAACAUGGCAUAUCCUCAGCUCUCUCUCUACUGGGCCCUCGUUCUCAACCUGAUCCCUGUCACCACCUUUAUCAUUCUGUGUUUCGUUGCAAAGAGCGAUACUCAACUUGCAUUUGCCGCCAUCUUAUCGACGGUCUACUCGUUGGUGAUGAUGCUGGUGAUAGUUGGUCUCAUAAAGCAGGCGGUCGAGAACGGUUUCUGUUCCGUCACAACAGUCUUCAUUUGCUUUGUCGCUGGCGUUUUUAUCAUUUCUGCUUUCGUACAUCCGCAGGAAUUUUUUUGCAUCGCUCACGGUUUCCUCUACUUCCUUGCUAUCCCCUCCAUGUUUAUGUUACUGAUGCUCUAUUCCAUCGGGAACCUACACGUGGUAUCCUGGGGAACAAGGGAGUCACCGAAGCCCACCACAGCUCAAAAACCAGACAAGUCUGUAAAAAACCCGGCUUCAAACAAAGGGGCGGUGCAGGGAUGGCUAGAAAAGAUCGGAAUAGCCGACAAGGAGGGGAAGUCGGGAUAUAUGUUUGCUUUCGGUAACCUCUUUAGGUGUAUGUGUUGUCCACAAGAGACGGCAGACAUCGGCGAUAUGAAACUGAGCGCCAUCUUGGAACGCCUGGGUGACCUUGAAGCUAAACUCGUUGAUCCGCCUGCCGAUAAUGUGACCACUGGAAACCAGUCGCGGGGUCACGUGACAUUUUCGGAAGCAUCGGACUUGUUCGAAGGUGCCAACAACAAACACGCAGACGACGUCAGCAACCAGACGCAACGCCCACCGCGCCACUGGACACAAGACUCAUACUUCCGGGACAGCAUCUCCGAGAAUAUCCCAUUACCGGAAGUGGAGUUCUGGCGGGAGCUCAUCGAUAAGUAUUUGUUCCCAAUGGAAGGAGAUUUAAAACAACAAGAGAAAACGCAGGCGGAAUUGAUAGAACUCAGGAACAAGGUGUCUCUAUUCUUCCUCCUCGUGAACGCGCUCUUCGUGACGAUCGUCUUCUCCCUUCAGCAAGUAAACGCCGACUCCGGCGGAAAUAUCGCUAUACAGCUGCCGUGCGCCGCCGGGGUCCGCGAUGGGUUUAUUGAGCCCAUCAGCAUCGCAUUCACCGCCGUUUUUGGGGUCCUCCUGGCUAUACAGUUUGUAUGCAUGCUCAUUCACCGGAUAUCAACGUUCCUCCAAAUACUUUCAAUAACGGAAGUUGGACUACAUAUAUGCCAGCCGAAAUUAAAGCUGAACUCCAAAGGCUCUAUAACGUUCGCGCAAUUACUAGACAUUGUUAGAAGCAUGCAGACGGCAAAAGACGACGACACUACAGCUGACACCGCUGAUACCGAAAAAGCCGGUUUGGCGCAGGAUGACGCGCGCAAAAAUGAACUGUGGUCUCGUAUCACCUGUCGGCAUCGGGAACAGGAAUUACAUAACAUUAUGAAAGAAUUGGACACGCCUUCAUCCGUAAACCCCGCUGCCGAAAACACCAUCGAGGCCCUUGGAAUCACUACCCCGUCAACGGGAGACGGAGAAUCACGCAGCCAAAAGCUGAACACCACGUUCAAAAGAAUGGGUAACAAGAGUGUCCGCACAAUCGCCAAGAUGUCAAAGGACCCAAGAUAA